ACACGUGCAUAUCAAUCCUUAUCAGUAGACACAAGCUUCCCCCCAAAAACAACAUCCAAAACAAGCCCUCCAGAUCAAAAUAAUGCCAGAGGUAAUAAACCUCAUCUCCUCAACACCUCCACCCCCACCCCCGUCCUACCAACCCCGUCGCCCCUCUAUCCCCUCAUCCCCAAUCCCCCCACCAAAGUCAUUCACCCUCCCGAUCCUCUCCUCAGACUGGGACCUCCCCGAACCCACCUACAACAAUGACGACAACAACAACGACUCCAACGCCCCCAAACGACUGCGUCUAAGCGAAGAGCCCAGUCCUCGCAACCCGCCCUCGCCGAAACCAGCGCGCGCCUCGCAUAUCCCGGCGUCGAGGAACCCGCUGUUCCUAUUCUCGGAUGAUAUUCUGCCUUCGUCGGAUGGGCCACGGGCUUGUGAGGGUGCGGAGGAGGAUCCGAUUGUCUUUACUUCGUCGGCUCCGGGGCCGGAGAGUGCGGCUCGGGUGAGGGAGGGGGGAGGACGCGGGGCGGAUACGAUUACGAUUGAUGAUGACGAUGAUGAUGAUUAUGAUUUCGUUGGUGGGAAUGGAGGUGUUAGGAGGGGAGAUGCGCGCGAUGAGAUCGAGGGGUUUAGUGAUGAGAUCGGGAUGCCGGAUUUAAAUGAGUUGCUUGGGUUGGAUGCUACGGCGAAUAAGCGGCCUGGGUUAUCGAGUCGGACGGCGAGUUUGCUGGCGAGUCUUGAUCGGUCGAAGUCGGGGUCUGGUGGAGGAGCGUCGUCGGGUCGGAGGGGGCGUGUUGAUAAGGACGAGGAGGUGGAUGAGGUGGAGGAAGUGGUUCCGUCUCGGAAGACUAAGGCACCGCGGAGGACGGCUACGAAGCCUACGAGUACCGAUAAGGAAGCCAAGGCGCGGGAACGGGAGGCGAAUAAAGCGCAGCGUGAGCGGGAGAAACAGCUAGAGAAGGAGCGGAAGCAGAAGGCCAAGGAGGAGAAAGCGCGGGAGAAACAACUUGCGGCUGAUCUUGCGGAGGUGAAUAAGCUGAAGGUGGAUAAGAAGGAAUCAACGCCGGAGAUGAUCAUCGAUCUUGCACGGGAAUUCGAGGGAACGAGCGUUGGCAAUCAGGCGGUUGAGUUCAUGAAACGGCUCAAGGUCGAGCAGACGUUUUUCGACAGCGAGAUUCCGAAUGUCGUCAAGUGGCGGCGGAAGGUCACGGCCAGAUACAACGAUAACCUAGGCUACUGGGAACCAUGUCCGUUUCAUAUCCGCGGAGAGGAACACGUUCUUGUUCUCUUAACGGCGCCAGAAUUCGUCGAUAUGGUGGUAGCCACCUCACCAAACACAAACGACCUCGAUCACCACGUCCACCGACUCAAAUCCGCCUACCCCACCAGCACACCAAUCUACCUAAUCGAAGGUCUCACAGCCUGGAUGCGCAAGAGCCAAAACUCCCGAAAUAGAGCCUACCAAGCCGAAGUCCGCCGCCAAUACUCACAAUCCCAACCCCAAGACCAACCCACUACCACCACCAAUCCCCGCCGCAAGAAAACAACAGCCAACAAGCCCGAAACAACGCCCUCAGUCAACGAUGACACAAUCGAAGACACGCUCCUAUCCCUCCAAGUCACGCACUCCUGUCUCAUCCACCACACCACCGCAGCACCCGAAUCAGCCGAAUGGAUCAAAAACUUCACAGAACACAUCUCGACCGUCCCCUACCGCCGCGAAAGAAUGGAAGGCAAUGACUCCGCCUUCUGCAUGGACGGAGGCCAGGUCAAACCCGGCGAAAACAAAUCCGAUACCUUCGUCAAAAUGCUCCAGGAAGUAACCCGUGUCACAGCAUCCAUGGCAUACGGCAUUACGACUCAAUACCCAAGUGCUGUCGAUCUAGUCCGCGGAAUGCGAAGACAUGGCCCGGCCAUGUUGGAGGAUGUAAAGAAAUCUGCAGACAGAAACGGCACACUAACAGAUUCUCGUAUCGGACCUGCGGCAAGUAAACGGCUUUACAAGGUCUUUAUGGGUCUUGAUCCGUCUGCGACUGAUAUCUGAGUAUGGUUUGUAUGGUAGAUGUGAUUAUCUUGGUGAUGAUACCUUGUAUAUGGUAUCUUGGUAUCUUUUAUUGGUUAUUCAUUUUCUUUAAUCGGAGAUAUUGGAGUAUAUGGUGUCUAAGACGGGGUUGGGGCUUCUUGCUUGUCUGUUAGGUGGGAUGUUUC